AUGGCCGCCUCACUCAGCAGUUCUCUCCGGAGCACUCGGAUCCUAAAGCUACUUCCCGUCCUCUCAUCGUUCUGUAUUCUCGUCGGCGUUGUUUGGCUCCUCUUACUCCCGCUCGAGGACUACUCGCGCAAAACGUACAUAUCCGAGAAUGCGUUAUUACCUGGACAGGUGCACACAUAUUUUGGUGGGAGCGAACAGAACGUGUUUAGAGCAUACCGAAAUGAGGUCGGGGCGUUGGGGGCGAACUCCUCGUCAGGCGGGGAGAUGGCGCGGGUGAUCGGGAAGAUUUUUGAGGCGUCGGGAUUGAAAGUUGGGAGGCAAAAGUACAGUUACACUGCUGCUGGAGAAGAGAUUCACGGAGAGAACGUGUAUGCUGUCCUCCAGGCACCUAGGGGUGAUGCUACUGAGGCGCUGGUGCUGUGUGCCGGGUGGUUGAACAUGGACGGGCAAUUGAACGAAAGCGGUGUUGCUUUGGUUCUUACCUUAGCCCGUUAUCUUAAGAGAUGGUCCCUUUGGUCGAAGGAUAUUAUAUUCUUGAUUACCUCGGACUCCCGAGCGGGCCCUCAAGCCUGGGUUGACGCCUACCAUGAUCUCCAUGAUCCCCCAUCUGUCGCAUCAUUGCCGCUCAAGUCGGGCGCAAUCCAGGGAGUCGUCGUGGUCGACUACCCGUCAGUGCGCUCUUUCGAAUCACUCCAUAUAGUAUACGAUGGAAUCAAUGGCCAGCUUCCAAAUCUGGACCUCAUCAAUACAGCGGUUAGAAUAGCAUCAGGCCAGAUGGGUGUUCGCACUACCCUUCAAGAGAUGUGGCACCAUAAUGAUAAGUACCAAGACCGCCUGCGCACCAUGCUACGCGGAAUGGUAAAUCAAGGGCUCGGGCACGCAUCCGGUCCUCAUAGUUCCUUUAUUCCGUACCAUAUCGAUGCUAUAACACUUCAAGCAUACGGUGAAGGCCGCCAUGACGAAGUUACACUUGGGAGAACUGUAGAGAGUCUUUUCAGAAGUUUAAAUAAUCUUCUUGAACACUUUCACCAGAGCUUCUUCUUCUACUUGUUAAUGGCCAAUCGUGUGUUUGUAAGUAUUGGAACAUAUCUACCUAGUGCUAUGUUAGUUGCUGUCAACUUUACAUUUGCGGCGAUCGGGCUCUGGGUUGAGAGUGGAAAGAAAAAGACAAAAACGGCGCCGCUAGUAGCCAAAGCAGAGAAAGAUGACGAAAAGGAAAUUUCCCAGAGACUAUCUGAAGCUGUACCUUUGCCCACCCAGACCAGCGAGGAGAGACCGAUGCUCCUGCCAUUGGCCUUCGUGAUAAUUGUUCACUCAUUGGGAUUCAUUCCCUUAUAUAUCUUCAAUCAACUAGACGAAAAGUAUCUGACUCCCGUCUUCUAUGCCUUUGGCGCCCUCAACGUCCUUCUCCCCCCCGUAAUCUCUACCCUCCUUGCUUUAACCUUCACUGUAACUACCGUGCACUUCAAACUCAUCAAAUGUUUCUCCCUCCUCACCCUGGGAAUGUUCCUCUCUGCCCUCGCUACGCUGAACUUCUCAUUAUCCUUCCUCAUUGGCCUGUUUGCAGUACCAUUUACGUUCAUCCGCCCAUUUCCCGAAAAGAAGUGGACGGCUGGAGUGUUGAGUAUGUUCUUGCUACAAGGGCUGACGCCGACAUCGGCGUUGGUGGGCGUGGCGUAUUAUUGGGGCGAACCAUUGGGUGGUAUAUUGAAGGAGGCCGCGUUUGGAUGGCAGGUGUGGGGUAUGUGGACGCAGGUUGUCGUAUGGUGUGUUUGGUGGCCGGCAUGGGUGACUACAGGUGUUCUGGCGGCGGCCAGCUGGAACCUGGGCAACGAGGAGGUUUGGUAA